AGGACCCAAAGACACCUCACCAACCGCAGCCAUGAACGGGACGGAAGGCCAAGACUUCUACGUGCCCAUGUCCAACAAGACCGGGGUGGUGCGGAGCCCCUUCGAGUACCCCCAGUACUACCUGGCCGACCCCUGGAAGUACUCAGCGCUGGCCGCCUACAUGUUCAUGCUGAUCCUGCUGGGCUUCCCCGUCAACUUCCUCACGCUCUACGUCACCAUCCAGCACAAGAAGCUCCGGACGCCGCUCAACUACAUCCUGCUAAACCUGGCAGUCGCCGACCUCUUCAUGGUCUUUGGAGGCUUCACGACCACCAUGUACACAUCGAUGAACGGGUACUUUGUCUUUGGAGUAACGGGCUGCUACAUCGAAGGCUUCUUCGCUACCCUGGGUGGUGAAAUUGCCCUCUGGUCACUGGUUGUCCUGGCCAUCGAAAGAUACGUCGUGGUCUGCAAGCCCAUGAGCAACUUCCGCUUUGGGGAGAACCACGCCAUCAUGGGUGUUGCUUUCACCUGGAUCAUGGCCUUGGCGUGCGCGGCUCCCCCGCUGUUUGGCUGGUCCAGGUACAUCCCUGAGGGCAUGCAGUGCUCGUGCGGGAUUGACUACUACACCCUGAAACCAGAGGUCAACAACGAAUCUUUCGUCAUCUACAUGUUCGUGGUUCACUUCAUGAUCCCGCUGAUGGUCAUUUUCUUCUGCUACGGGAACCUGGUCUGCACUGUUAAGGAGGCCGCCGCGCAGCAGCAGGAGUCUGCCACCACCCAGAAGGCAGAGAAGGAAGUGACCCGCAUGGUCAUCAUCAUGGUCAUCGCCUUCCUCAUCUGCUGGGUCCCCUACGCCAGCGUCGCCUUCUACAUCUUCACCAACCAGGGCUCCGACUUCGGGCCCAUCUUCAUGACCAUCCCGGCAUUCUUUGCCAAGAGCUCUGCCAUCUACAACCCCGUCAUCUACAUCGUCAUGAACAAACAGGUAACGGGCGAAGCGCCGGCCACGUUGCUGCUUUGUGUCUCGUUUUGCAGCGGCACCUCCGGCGGGUGCCCGGGAGCGCGGGGGGCUGCCAAGGGGGCUGCUUGCCGGCAGUUUGAAAAUAUGGUGCCUACAGGUUUAGCUUUCGUGGGCAGACUGCCUUGGCCUGCAGGUGAAUGCUUCAAGCAGGUGGUGUCAGCUGUGGCCCUGCAUCUAAAGAGGGGCCUGGACGAUGCUGGAAAGAUCAGAGGUGUCCUGGCUCCCUGGGCUGCAGAAAGGCAGGAGAAGCUGCCAGCAGAGAGGAAAACGGGCCACGGAGGCUGGGAGAGGGGAGCUCUGCCCAGGGCAAACGCGGAGAUGGCAGUGCAGUUUCUGGGUCUCGGAUGA